UCACACGUUUGCGGAGGUCGCGUGAAAAGUGCUAUGCUGAAACAGUGCCUGGCGAAAUUGGUUUAAUUCAAUGAUAUUCAUGUGCACAGCUUUAUAAGUCAUAUCACAGACACAGUAAAGUAUGGAUCGUCCAAAGUUUCCCCCGUUUAUCGGUUUGAUUCCGGUGCUGUUGGUCGUGUUUUUCGCGGUUUGCUCGAGCGCUCAGUACCAACCCAACUGGAACUCGAUCGACUCGCGGCCCCUGCCCGCCUGGUACGACCAGUCCAAGUUCGGUAUCUUCAUCCACUGGGGAGUGUUCAGUGUACCGAGUUUUGACAAUGAAUGGUUCUGGUGGAAAUGGAAAGGCAUUAAGCAAGCUGAUGUGGUCAAGUUCAUGGAGGACAAUUAUCGACCUGGCUUCACAUACCCAGACUUUGCUCCCAUGUUCAAGGCAGAAUUCUUUGAUCCCAAUCAAUGGGCAGACAUUUUUAAAGCAUCUGGAGCAAAGUAUAUCGUACUGACCAGCAAGCAUCAUGAAGGGUUCACAAACUGGCCUUCAAAAUAUUCCUGGAACUGGAACUCAAUGGACGUUGGACCUAAAAGGGAUCUUGUUGGUGAUCUGGCUGCUGCCAUACGGAACAAAACUGACAUUCACUUUGGACUCUACCAUUCACUGUUUGAAUGGUUUAACCCUCUGUAUCUGCAAGACAAAGCUAAUAACUUCACCACCCAGGAGUACUGUGAGAAAGUGCUAUGGCCCGAAUUGUUGGAAAUUGUGAAUGCAUACAAACCUGAUGUGAUUUGGUCUGAUGGAGAGUGGGAGGCUCCUGAUACCUACUGGAACAGCACAGAGUUCCUGGCCUGGCUCUACAAUUCCAGCCCGGUGAAGGACACUGUCGUGACUAACGAUCGCUGGGGAGCUGGGAUUAGGUGCCAUCAUGGAGGGUACUAUACCUGUACGGACAAGUAUAACCCCGGUGUUCUGCAGAAGCAUAAGUGGGAGAACUGUAUGACCAUUGAUAAGGUAUCCUGGGGAUACAGACGCAAUGCUCCACUCGCUGACUACCUGGACAUGGAUGACCUCAUUGAACUACUCGCCAGCACUGUCAGCUGCAACGGUAAUCUCCUCAUGAACAUUGGCCCGACGGCCGAUGGUCGCAUCGUACCUAUCUUCGAGGAGCGUCUAAGGUCCAUGGGUGAUUGGCUGAAGGUCAACGGAGAAGCCAUCUUUGAAACCACGCCUUGGAGGGCUCAGAAUGAUACCGUCACUAAAGGAAUCUGGUACACCAACAAGACAACAGCUGCCUACGCCAUCGUACUGGACUGGCCAGCCGACAACCAGCUUGUACUAGGUGUCCCCAUACCGAACUCCCAGACCAGCCUCUUCAUGUUGGGGUACAACCAGCCCCUUAAGUGGUCUGGUAUUACCUCCAAGCCUGGCAUCACCGUUACCAUGCCCCAGUUUACCCCUGACACCUUGCCCUGUGAGUGGGCCUGGGUGAUUCAAAUGAAGAUGGUGCAGUGAAGGGGAAGAGGAGGGGGGGGGGGGUGGUGAGACACUUACAUGAAAUAUGUUCCCUAUUCAUAAUGGAGUGGGAUUGUUUUAAGCAGGUACAAGGUUUGGGUGAGGAUGAGGGGUCGGGUAGUCCUCUAUUCAUAGAAGAAUGGGCAGUUGGGACAAGGAGUCAAUGAGUGAGUGGAGGGGGAAGGGGUGGGUCCCCCAUUUAUAAUGGAGAAGAGCUAAUUAAAGAAGUUAUGGUACAAGCAUUGGCUGA